AUGGCAAAAUUAUUCCAAAACUUUAGUUUCCGGCGAAAUGCAUCGCCUGCCGCCGCAUCUAAUAAACCUAAGUCUAUAAGAUCAUCGGUUUCUCAGUUUGGGGAGAAGAGGCUCUUGAAAGAAUCUAAAAUGCAAGAUCAAAUCCUUAUGAAGCUUGUCAGCUCAAGAAUAACUUCGCCUGAAAAUCUUUUCCGGUGGGAAGCAAACCUCAUCGGACCAGCGAACUGCCCGUUCGAAAACGGUGUCUUCGCCGUCUCUAUUCACAUCCCAACCAAAUAUCCAUUCAAACCACCCAAGAUCAUGUUUCAGACCAAGAUAUUCCAUCCUAACAUCAAUGAGGAUGGAGAAAUAAGUAUAGAUAUAUUGGGGGCGCUAUGGUCACCAAGUUUGAGAAUCGAUUUGCUUUUACUUUCCAUAUGCUCUGUCCUCUCAACCCCUGCUGAACCAUUUAUUCCUGGCAAUCCUGCCGUUAAAUUGUACCAGCAAGACCGAAGAGCCUAUGAAAAGAUUGCGAGAAUGUGGACUAUGGCAUAUGCAAAGGAGGCUUGA